AUGUGCAUCGUUUUCCUCACAACGGCGCAUCCCGACUACGCCCUCAUUGUCGUGGAUAACAGGGACGAGUUUAUCCUCCGCCCAACCAGCCGGCCAGAGUGGUGGCGGCACCCCAAUGGACCCGAGGUUCUAUCAGCCCGGGACCUCCAGCGCUCGGAAAAGGGCACCUGGAUGGGCAUCACCAAAGAUGGCGUCUUCGCUGUCUUGACCAACUACCGCGAAACUGAUGUCGAUGAUGCCGACCACCCUAUCCAUGCGAUUCGCAGCCGUGGGGACGGCGGCGUAAAGGGUGUCGGUGGUUUCUCCAUGGUCUGCGGCAAACUGAGGAAAAGUCUUAAGACGGAAGGCGGGAGGAACAUCGACCCCAUCGCCAUUGUAUCGAACCGCGCGAGUCACGUUGACCACGUUCCUUGGAUAGGCCAAACCCGUGGCGAAGUAUGCGCUCUGAGCAACAUCGGCUAUGGUGAUGUGGAUAGCUGGCCCAAGCUCGAGGAUGGCAAGCGGAUGUUGGGAGAGGUCAUCACCCAGGCGAUCAAGGAGAAUCUUAGCGAGGAUCAGCUUGUGGACAAGUUGUUUGGCAUUCUAGACGAUGACAAGCUCCCUCGCUACGAGGGCAUGAGCCUGAUGGACUAUGUUAGCGAAUUGAAACAGUCCAUUUUUAUUCCCGCCGUCGGUGAUGAACCCCACCGCAUAGAGAUGGAAGAAUCCAUGGCACGUGGAAAGACGGGCUGGCCGAGCGGAGACUCGCCCGCCGCCGAAGAGGCAGUCACCAUUCCUUCGAAUGGAACAAGCGACAGUGCUCCCAAGGUUGCGGAUAACAACCUCGGCUUCGCUACCGGCAUGUACGGCACGCAACGACAGACCAUGAUUCUGGUCGACUGGGACGGCCAGGUCACCUUCCGCGAGAGGGCUCUAUAUGACAGCCACGGCAACCCGAUCCCUCGUGGCCAGGCCGACGAAGUAUUCCGGUUCAAGAUCGAGGACUGGGACAACGACGACAGGUGA